AUGAACAACCAGGACCGUCUCGUCGUUGGAUUGGACCAUGGUACGAGCAAAACGGCCCUGACAUACUGGGCACAAAGCCGAGGGGAGGUUGUGGAGUGGACGCCUGUUAACCGCAUUCCGAUCACACCGUCCGUCAUGGCCUACCCCGACAAAAGGCCGCCCCUUUGGGGCAACGCCGCCAGAGAACAUCGCGACCGCGUUUCCUGGUCCAAGUUACUGGUGGAUGGCUCUUCGCCUGUACCAGUGAAUGGACUGGAUCUCAGGGCUCUCCUCGGAGACAAAGGCUUCAGCUUUUAUCGAAAUCGCAUCCGGAUUACGCGCGUCAUAGCGGACUAUCUACGAAAUAUCCGAUUGUCUUUCUGCAAUGACCCCAACGUCACCAAAAACUUAAGGAUUCGAGCCCUGCCACCCAUUGCCUGGCACUUUUCAAUGCCAGCCUGUUGGUCCAGAGAUGGAGUCAAGACAAUGAUGGCUGCAGUGGAGACGGCUGGAUUUCUAGACAACGGCGGUACCGUUUCCUACUAUUCGGAAGCGACGGCCGCUGCCAUUGGGGUCUCCUACAGACUCAUCGCCAAUUCCGUCCAGGUAGGGGAUAAACUACUCGUGUGCGACCUUGGGGGCGUCACCAACGAUUUUACGACCUUCAAAAUCACGGGGGUCGAUCCGAAUCAUCCCCGACGAUUGUCCUUUCAACAAAUCGGCAAUCACAGUUCGGCUGAUUGUACAAAUCCGCACAUUGAGAAUGCCCUUCUAUGGCACAUCCGGCGAGAGCUGGGUCUGCCGCUGAAAUCUGGGGAUGUGGCUCGCCUAGCGGUUGAAGCUGCCAGGGCGGCGAAGGAACGAUACAAUGGUCGUGGCAACGUGACUGUUACCCUCCCCAUUGCCUGGGACUAUCUGCAAAGACGGUACGCCGGCGGCUGCGACAGUUUUAACUUUGACGACAGACAGUUUACUUUCAGCGCCAGCGUGCUUCAGGGAGCCAUGGAUUUGGUUGUCACUGACGUCCUGGGCCGGAUAAAAGAUCAAGCCAGGUCGUGCGGCGCCAAUAAGAUAGCCGUUGUGGGAGGCUUGAGCUGUUCCCGGUAUUUCCAGAGACGAAUAGAGGCCGAUUUUGCCAAUAUCCCCGAGGUCAGCCAUCUGCUGCCUGUGAAUUAUUUUGAUGGCUAUGACCCCAUGACAAUUGUUUCACACGGUUUGACCCGUAUAGGGAGCGCCCCAAACCCUAUGCAGUAUAGGAGUCAAUGGGAGUAUGGGAUUUUCAGCUCCUUCAUCGAACGACUUGGGACCGGGGAUCUGCACUCCGAAUAUCGUCAUACGACUGCUAUUACUUUGGUUCAGGCGAGUAAUAAUGUGCCCCGACAAGGGCAGGUACGAUUUCGCCUUAGUGUACGCAGCCGAUACCUCUCGGAGGACAUAAUGAUAAGACGGCGUGAUGUGGCUGGCAACGUGCAAACCGCUGCGUUGUGCAAGCACAAUGUUGACGAUAAUACCCCCUAUGUUGAUGAGUACCGGUACCGGGAUCUGAAUGUAACUGUCCGCUACUAUGAGAUAGUUGCAUCUUGGUCAUUGAAGGCAGACGCCCACUUCAACAUGGAAUGGAGAUUCGAGGCGGAGGCCCCGGGCACCGGAUUGCUGCAUGAAGUAGCAACCGUCAGCCAUCGAGCGGAUGAGAUAAUGAUCUGCUGGGCCACUUGA